CGCCUUUUGAGUAGUCUUUCAGGACGUCGCCUUCAGAAUGAUACCACUGACGUAUUUUUAAAUUUGACGCUGUAUAACGGAUUUACCAGAGACUUUUCUAGAAUAUGUAGCCAACUCUUUACCAGUACGGCUAUUUUAUCAACUUUCGAGCGGCCAUGUUGCUCCCGUCCGACGUCGCUCGGCUCGUUUUAGGUUACCUCCAAGAAGAGGGACUGUCAGCUACAAGCCAAGCUUUCAUCAAUGAGAGCCCCAAUCUGAAGGAAUACGCCGACCACACUAUAGGAGAUGGGACUAUUCCUGCUUGUGUUUUUUCUGUCUUUGGGAAAGACCUAACAACCAUUUUAAAUGAGUACAUGUCUGCCAAAGCAAAAGAGUCCUCACAUGAGGUUCCUGUCCUGAUGACCUCCUUGUGGAAAAAAUUGGAUUUUACACUCAACCAAAUUAAGUCAUUGCAGAAUUCUCCAGCUAUAUCAGCAAAUCAGAGAAUACGUUCACGUGUUGGAGUGGCCAACAUGGCUCGACAGCAGACCCUGACCUUGACUUCUGCUGAGGGUCUCAUCUGCUCGUCUGUUUCUGAGACGAACUCCGUCAUCAGCCCUGCUCACACCUCCCACAGCAUGCUCGGCCACUCCACUCCUGUCUGCUAUACCGGCCCACACAACAGACCAGCUCUUGGCAGUGGGACACCGCAGCAAAUUCACGAUGGCAACCGAUUACUAAAUACGCCCCGGGAUACACCGGUACAGAUCAUUGUUUCAGAGAAUCGGUUAAAUUCUGGCCCUAUGUCUCCUGGUCGACGGAAAUGGGACAACCCCAGGAAGAGAAGUGGUGCCCUGGGUGGGUCCAGUGGUGCCGGCAGAUCUGCCACGACUGCUGGCAGCCUUAAUUCAGAACCUCAGACUGAAGAGGUCGUCAAUGAGAACUUUCCACAACUAGUGAUACAAAAUGCACGUGACAAGAUAUUGGGGGACAGAUCAUUGCAAGAGAAGCUUGCUGAAAACAUCAACAAAAUCCUUGCCAAUGAGCCAGUACCUCAAACAUCAAAGGCCUCCUCAAAUACAAUGGAUUCAGAGCAGUCCAUAGAUGAAAUUCUAGGAUUACAGGGAGAAAUUCAUAUGAGUGAUGACGCCAUCCAUGACAUUUUGGAGCAAACAGAGUCUGACCCAGCUUUUCAGGCCCUGUUUGACCUCUUCGAUUACCAUAAAAAUAGGCUUACUGAUGGAGAAACAGGGGAUGGAGAUAUUAGCAGUAGUCCAGAAGAGAAUGACACUGCUGGGCCUUCAUCUACAGUCAGACCCCUUCAGAGUGAUGAUCCAGAUGCUGGAAACAGAGAUGCAAAUGCUUCGAAUACAGCACCAGUGAUGCUGAAGAUGAGAGCUGGACAAGAACGUAAGACCAGGAAGUCUACUGCUCCCACUUUAUUAAAGAAAACAGUUCUUGGCCCGAGUGGCAGAGCAUCUAGAAUUGAAAACAGUUCAGCCAGAUUGUUAGUGACUCAGGAGAAUCACCAAGGUGUCUCAUCAGCUGCAGUGGACUCAAACAGAAAAGAAAAGGGCACACUUUCCAGGGAUGAUGCUGAUGUAACACCAAUGGAUACUGAUGAACCCCUGAAUACACCUCCCCCUUCUGUAGACAGUUUGACCACUCAGGAGCCUGCGACAAAUGACAGCACCUUCACCACACCUGCCCUCAGUGAAUCAUUCACAGUUCCCUCAUCAAGAGACUCUGCUGAAUUUGCUGCAUCUGAAGAUACACUGGCCUCAGAUGUGGGCAAAAAACAAGUGUAUAAACGAACACAAGGAUGUAAAGAGAAACCUGCUGCUGCCCCUUCUUCAGCUGUGCCUGUGUUAUUGUCUCCUGUACAAUAUCAACAGAACAACACUACUAAUCUACCUCAGACAACAGUUUCAAGCAGCAAAGGAGACACUCUGCCAGUGUCAACUGUCUCAGUAGCACCUGGAUCUAGCUCUGCAGGUGUUGCAGUUACAACUGCCUCAUUGUCAUCGUCAGCGUCUACCUCGACAACUCUAACAACUACAUCUGCCUCACCUGCAUCCUCCUCCUUUGCCCCAGUUGUAGCAACACCCAGUCCUUCCACCGGCACCCCAAGCAAGGCUGCGGCAGACUCUAGCGAUAUAAUGUCUUUGAAGAUCAUCAUAAGUGAUAACCAGGAUGAGGAUUCAUCUAGUGACGCAGCUUUGAAUAAGGCAAUUGCCAGCAUUUCCAGGCCCAAGAUACCUACCAUCUACAUUUCUUCUCCAGCUAAGUCCCCUGCAAUCCUUGGCACUCCGAAGGCCAACUUGGAUGAGGCAGCAUUAGCUGUUAGUGGCUUACAGAGAUCUGAGGCACAUGGUAGUCCUCUCAGCUGUAAGGCUGGAGCAGUAAUUUCAUCCCCAUUAACUGGGACAGCACAGGCCCAGCCGAGCUAUGUAAUUCAACUACCCCUGGACACCGCUACACCUGCUGUUCAGGGCGCCACUACCAGCUAUUUCCUUCUGACCGAACCCCCACCUACAGAUGUUCAAACUAGACAGGUGCUACUGCCUGCUGGUGUCUCAAAGGGACAGUCUUUGCCUACCAACCAAUAUGGAGUGGCCACACCAACUCUUCCCACAGGCUUCUCCACUGGAUCAGCACUCAUCUUACCAUCACCUAUGAAGUCCAUGAUGCUCCCUGUUUCUGUUGUUGGGCAGAAUAGUCUGGGGAAGGUCCAGAUGGUGUCCAAUCAGCUUGUUGCCACCCCAAGCCCUGGACCAGUAAAGCAGACAGAAACUAAUAAGACUACAUCUCCGUCUGUGGUAACCAGACAGUCUGCAACGGCUGGAACUGAGAAAAAUCUGGUUGGUGCUGUGGUUCAACCUGCGGUGGCUGACAACACAGGCCAGCAGGAUGCAGCAAAGGGUCCCAGUCAUAGGAGAAUUUUAUAUUUUGACUCUUCUCGAGAAGUUCAGCCACAAACUAGUAGAACAUCCACAUCUGCAGCUCCUAAUGCGUCUACAUCACAGUCUGUCCAACAGGCUGUGAAAGAUAAACAGCCCAUUACUCAAACAAAACCUGCUAUCUUGGGUGGCAACAAACCCAAGAGGAGGAUAGAAACGGUCAGAUGCACAGUGGAUCCCAAGACUGGAGUAAGUUUAGUGAAGGACUCUAAUCCUAUACAGCAGCAACAGAAAGAUCCCGUUAGAAGGAACUCUCGGAAACAGCAGCAUGACAUCCAUAACAAGGAGCCCCGAAGUACAGAUACCAGCAGUGUUGAUGCUUCACAGUCUAAGUCAGAAUCGAGCAGGAGAUCAAAAUCUAGUAACAGAAAACACAGUCGUGAUACACAUAAUGAUAAAGCAAAAGCAAAGGAUUCUCGUAGUUCUAGGUCGAUGUCUUCUGAUUCUGCACAGAAAUCAGGAAAUAGAAAAGACAAAGAGGAGAGCGGCAGGAAAGAACCUGCAGAGAAUGUUCCUUUGAAAUCACGUGAAGGACGUACAGAGAAGAGGACUCCCUCUCAGGAGAUGCCAAAUGUCACAGCUAACAAGGAGAAUGAAAUGAAGGUUAGAACAAAAGAGCAGUCCACACCUUCAUCCUCAGCAUCAAGAGACUUUAGCCCUCCAGCUGUCACUCAGGCAGCAUCGAACACCCAGUCCAAGGCUGCAAAAGCACCAUCAAAGACCAGCUCUCUAGCCAAGCAGGCAGCAGAAAUGCUGCAGGACAUGCAAGGGCUCAACUCUCCUUCCACCCCAGUCAAAAAGCUUGGAGCGGGCAGCUCUGACGUUACUCUUCCUGGGACUGGCCGUAACCAGGAGCCUCCAGCUGAGGGUCCUAGGACUCCAUCUCGACAGAAGAAAGGUAAAGAUGGAGAGGGAACUCCCAAGCAUUUGUUGCUUCACAACACCCCAGAUGUACCCGGCUGCAGCCCUGCCAGUGAAGCUGGCAGUGAAAACAGCAUUAACAUGGCUGCUCACACCCUCAUGAUUCUGUCACGUGCUGCCAUCGCCAGGACAGGAACUCCACUGAAGGACAGUUUACGUCAAGAGGGAGUCGGAGAAAAGUCACCCACAAGCUCAAAGAACUCUAAGAAACGCAAACAGUCUUCUCCCACAGCCAGCCCCCCUGCAAAGAAGGAGUCGAAAAGAUCUCCCAGCAAAAUGAAGGACCGGGAAAGGAAAAAACUUAUAGAUUGUUUUCCUCAUGACCUGGACGUGGAUAAGUUCCUGUCUUCACUCCAUUAUGAUGAAUAAAAUUGGGCACACCAACUGGAGAGGACUACCAUGUCGCUAGCUUCUUAGGUUACUAUACAGGAAUAGAACAAGCCAUCUGCUAAACCAGUGCCUACAGUUUCUUUUAGUAACCUUGCCGAAGACCUUAUAAGCCACAGUGUCUCCUGCAGCCAGUGUAGAACUUUAAUUUGACUUACCAUUUUCAAUCGAAGGUGAUCUGGAGUAAGAUACUGUAAUGUACAGGCACAGUACAACCAUAGCACUUUUAAUUUAAUGUUCUUUUAUUUACGCUUUAAUGACUCACUUCUGUUUUAAUCAUCACUGUUUUGUUCUGAUACAAAACUAUUUUGUUUUUGGGCAGUUUGACAUAAUUGGUGCAUCUUUUGACUCAAAGCUUUUCCUUGGUCAAUAUUUGACCCUCCUUUGAUAAAUCCGCUUUACACUGAGUGAUACAAGUACUGACAGAAGUACAAGUACAUACAACUACACUGACAUUUUGAAAUACGUAAUUACCAGUAAUUUUAUUUGCUCUGAAUGAAGAACUCCUGUUCAUUUUGUCUGUGUCUUCAGCACAAGUCUGGUUAAUUGAGAGGCAACAAAAAAAAGUAAUGUGAAUUAAAAUUUUGCUAGCAUAUACAGCAGUGCAUAUACAUAUAUGAACAGCAGUCUUGUGUGUUUUUCCUUAAUGCAAACACACAAAUUGAGUGUACUUUUCAAGCUGUGACCACUGAACUCCAGAGGCUUUACUUAACAACAUGUGAAUGUUCAUGCAAUAGUUCAUGUUGUUGUAUGAGGAACGGGAUAUCAUUUAUGGGAAUAUCAUGUGUAAUUCAAUAGUUUCUUGUUUGUGUCUGAAUAAAAUUGGCCCAUAUACAGUGUA